GACCCAGACGCACUGCCUUACACCGCACACAACACAUCGAGAUGACCAGCGACUUCCAGGCUCGGAAUGACUCGACUGAGCGUUUGGACCGACUAUCAGCAUCAGAAUACUUCGCACAUUUCACUCGGGUGGACAAGCCGAAUGAUCAUAUACUCGAUAUACUCGCCCGCGACGUCUGGCUGGAGGAAGUGUACCGUUCCAAUAGGACAGUCGUCCUGAGAGCAUGGCUUGCAGAAGUGGCCAAGGACGAGGAAACGGCGAACACCGUUAUUUGCAAAAUCGCUCGCGGGGAUGGUGCAUUGAUGCGUCUCGAGCACGAAUACCACAUCUAUCAAUAUCUUGAGGAGUUACAAGGCAGCCUGAUACCAAAGUGUUUUGGAAUCUUCCGAGCGGAGCCAACUGGUGCCCAAGGAUUCGAUGAGGCCUGUUUGCUCCUGGAGGACUGUGGUAGACGGAUGGACAAGCCAAUCAAGGAUAUGUCUUGGCAAUUCAGGAGAGAAGUUGUUGCGAUUGUUCAACGUAUGCACAAGAUUGGCGUCGAGCACGGAGACAUCUUCGACUACUCCGAGAACAAUGGGAACAUCCUGAUUCGGCACAUCAAAUUUGAAGGCGAUGGUGACUCGGAGCAUGUAGUGCCCUGCAUCAUAGAUUUCGACAACGCUAAAGAACAUCAGUGUCGCGUCCCAAUGGACAUUUCUCGGAGAGUUUGGGGUGUUCACUCUCAGAGAGGUAGACAGUUCGUCUGUCAAGAGUUCAUCAAGAUCGCGAACGACCUUGAUUGGGUUUACCGUGAGUGUCUCGUCCACCACCGCCGGAGGAUGAAACGGUUGACCAUCUGAACAGCCAUACGCCAAAUUCGCGAAUCC